UUUUCCUUUAAAUCAUAUUUGCUCGAGACUCUCUCUCUCUCUCGCCACGGGCGCUUUCUCUCUCCUUGGAUUCUCUCCAUAUUGCUUGAAUGGCGGGUAGAGGCAAAACCCUAGGAUCUGGCGCCUCGAAGAAGGCCACCUCUAGGAGUAGCAAGGCCGGUUUGCAGUUCCCCGUCGGUCGUAUCGCUAGGUUCUUGAAGGCCGGCAAGUACGCCGAGCGUGUUGGUGCCGGCGCCCCUGUUUAUCUCGCUGCAGUUCUCGAGUACCUCGCCGCUGAGGUACUUGAAUUAGCUGGAAAUGCAGCUAGAGACAACAAGAAAACCAGAAUUGUUCCACGUCACAUCCAGCUAGCCGUGAGGAAUGAUGAAGAAUUGAGCAAGCUGUUAGGUGAUGUUACUAUUGCUAAUGGAGGUGUGAUGCCUAACAUCCACAACCUCCUCCUGCCAAAGAAGACUGGCACCUCAGGCUCCAAAGCUGCCGAUGAUGAUAGUUAACUUCGAUAAGGAAGUGUUCCACUGCUAAUGUGUUUCGACUGUGAAAUCUAAUGUAUUCCUGUUUGUCUAGUAGAAUUUCUAUAUUAGGGUUGGAGUCUUUUGUGUUUGUGGAGGUGUAGUUGUAGUAGUUAGGCUCAGUUAGUCAUGUGAAUAUAAUCGAUUAUCUUGUAGUUGGCUAAAUAGAAAAAUUGUGGGAAGAAUUCUUUUUUCCAUAAUGACAAAUUAAUGCAAGAUUUGAAUCUCA